GCAGAGUGAGUUUGGGACAUGUUGUACCCUCUGGUUYUACCUCUGAGCACAACAUGAGUUCCUGUUAGAAACAGCUGAGGAGACAUCACCAGGCUGGAGCUGCUGCUGCAGUCCCCGGGUCCUGACGGAGCCAGCCUUGGUUUUUAGCUCGCUGUCAUUGAGAAUGUGAAUCGUGUGUUACAUCACGUCAGAGGGCUCUUUAAGAGAGCAGCCUCUGUGCAUCUGCUGAUCUGUCAGCCGGCAUCCCGCCGCAGCUCCGCGGAGGAGGACCGCUGGACUCCCGGCGGGACCGGCGGGAGACGCACCCAGCUCUGCUGCACCUGGAGCGGCCCAGGAGACGCGGACCUAACAUGCGCCGAGCUCGCACUGCCCCCGGGUUCCGCAGGUGCACACAGGUAACAAGGAAAGGAACCGAGCCCGCGCUUUGUCAGCGCGUCGCGUCAUACACGGUGGACGAAAUGACUUGUUUCCUAAAACUCUUCGGGGAUGGGCAGCUUCGUCUUCUGGCCCGUUUCUGUUAGUCACGGUCCGGCUGGUUGAUUGUUGAAGAAACGAGAAGCUGCAGUCCAUCAGGAAGGAAGGAAGGAAGGAAGGAAGGAAGGAAGGAAGGAAGGAAGGAAGGAAGGCUCCAGAACUCAGGAUGUCCUCUGGGCAGAAGGAGCUGAGCCUGAGGGGCCUCCCCAUGGAGAGCUGGAUGUCCCACCUGCCAUGUGCUCUGUGGGACACCCCCCUGUACCACCUGGCCAUCCCAGGCAGCCACAACGCAAUAACCUACUGCCUGGAUAUGAAUGACAGAUCUCCUGUUGACCCCAUGCAGCCAGACAUGCUUCAAAAACUGGACAAAUACAUGAAGCCUCUCAUUCGCCCCUUUGUGUACAAGUGGGCAAUAACCCAAGAGUACACCAUAAAGCAGCAGCUGGACUGUGGGGUCAGAUACUGUGACCUAAGAAUCGCACACAGACCCAACGACAGCUCCACCGACCUCUACUUCUACCACGGAGUUUAUACCACGCUUACUGUCGAGACUGUCCUAAAGGACAUAAAGGAAUGGUUGGAUGUCCAUCCCAGAGAGGUGGUGAUUCUGUCCUUCAGCCACUUCCUCGGCCUGAACCAGGAGCUCCACGUCCUGCUGCUCACAACCAUCCGCAACAUCUUCACCUCCAAGCUCUGCCCCAAAACGGAAGUGCUGACACUUCGAAAUCUGUGGGCUUUAGGUUACCAAGUAAUUGUGUCCUAUGAACACAACAUGGCCGGCUCUCACAGCGACCUGUGGCCUCACAUUCCUUACUGGUGGGCCAACAAAUGCAAAGCCGAAGCUCUCAUCGAGGAGUUUGAACAACGGAAACAACGUGGCAGACCAGGAGGUUUCUUUGUGACAGGCAUUAAUCUGACUGAGGACCUGAAGUACAUCUGCACCCACCCCACAGAGUCUCUGAAGGACCUGGUGAUGUCCACGUACCCRGCUCUGCUCGGCUGGGUCAAAGAGCAGACGCCCGGCUCUAGAGUGGGCUCUCUCAACAUCAUAGCAGGGGACUUCAUCACAGAGAGCCACUUUGCGGCCACGGUCGUCGCCCUGAACGAGAAGCUGCUCAAAUGGCCCUCCUGAUUUCUUGCCAAAAAAGCACUUAUUAUCCCACAAAACAAAGUGAAUCACAGCAUGAAAUUCACACGAGCUUGUUUCAUUCAGAGUGAUGGAAAAAUACUUUAGUACUUGAAAUAUUCAUGUGAUCAUAAAUGCACUUAGAGGAGGCAGUGGCCCAUCCAUUUCAGUCCUAAAGGUGCUUGGAAAACAAACUUUUUUUAAGUAUUUUGACUUGCACUGGUUUGUUUACCUUCAGUUUACUAUUUAUGCAAUGUCUUGUGUCAGUUUUCACCAGUCUGCAGGGGCAGGCAGUUUCCCACCACGCUGACCAAAGCAAUAAUACAACCCCUGGCAAAAAGUAUGGAAUCACCAGUCUUGGAUGAGCACUCAUUCAGACAUUUCAUUACAAAAUCA